CCGGGCGCCGGAAGUACGUGGCCACCCGGGGCCAUGGCGGCUCUAGGUGUCCUCUGCUUGCUGCUGGGGGCGGCGACUAGGGUCCCGGCGUCUGCCCCAGGCGCGGAGUUCUGGCCCGGACAGACGGCGGCCGACAUCCUGACGGGGGUGGCAGCGCGCAGGCGGUACCUGCUGUACGACGUGAACCCGCCCGAGGGCUUCAACCUGCGCCGGGACGUGUACGUGCGCGUGGCCUCGCUGCUCAAGACGCUGCUGCGCUCGGAGCCCUGGGCGCUGGUGCUGCCGCCCUGGGGCCGCCUCUACCACUGGCAGAGCCCCCACGUCCGCCAGCGGCGCGUCCCCUGGGCGCACUUCUUCCACGUGCCCGGCCUGAGGCGCGACAUCCCGGUGCUGGAGCACGACGAGUUCGUGGCAGAGUCCGGCGGGCCCUUCGUGGACCAGGUGUACGUGCUGCAGGGCUACGCCGAGGGCUGGCAGGAGGGCGCCUGGGAGGAGAAGGUGGACGCGAGGCCCUGCAUCGAGCCGCCCCCCUACUCGCAGGACAAGCACGAGUACUUCAGAGGCUGGUUCUGGGGCUACGAAGAAACGAGGGGCCUGAACGUGUCUUGUCUGUCUGUCCAGGGCUCUGCCUCCGUGGUGGCGCCCGUGCUGCUCAGGAACACAUCUGCCCGGUCAGUGAUGCUGGACCGUGCAGAGAACCUUCUGCACGACCACUACGGAGGCAAGGAGUACUGGGACACACGCCGCAGCAUGGUGUUUGCCAGGCACCUUCGGGCCGUGGGUGACGAGUUCAGGAGCCGCGUCCUCAACUCCACAGACGAGGCGGACGGUUUCCUCUUUGAGGAGGACUGGACCCGCAUGAAGGUCCCGCUGGGCUCGGCGCGGGGGGGCCCGUACCUGGCUGUGCACCUGAGGAGGAAGGACUUCGUCUGGGGCCACCGUAAGGAUGUUCCCAGCCUGGAGGGUGCCGUGCGUCAGAUCCGCAGCCUCCUGCGCUCCCACGGGCUGGCCAGCGUGUUUGUUGCCACCGACGCCGAGAGCGGGGAGCUGGAGGAGCUGAGGCGUCUGCUCCCCGAGAUGCUGCGCUUCGAGCCCACGCGCGAGCAGCUGCAGCUGUACAAGGACGGCGGCGUGGCCAUCAUCGACCAGUGGGUCUGCGCCCACGCCAGGGUUUUCAUCGGCACGGCUGUGUCCACGUUUUCCUUCCGGAUCCAUGAGGAGAGGGAGAUCCUGGGCCUGGACCCCAAGACCACUUACAACCGCUUCUGCGGGGACGAGGAGGGCGUCUGCGAACAGCCCACGCACUGGAGGGUCACCUUCUGACGGCCGGCGGGUGGCCCACACACCUGGAGGGUCACCUUGUGAUGGUCGGCGGGUGGCCCACACCUGGAGGGUCACUUGACAGCCGGCGGGCGGCCCAUACCUGGAGGGUCACCUUGUGAUGGUCGGCAGGUGGCCCACACACCUGGAGGGUCACCUCGUGAUGGCCAGCGGGCGGCCCACACACCUGGAGGGUCACCUUGUGACGGCCGGCGGGUGGCCCACACACCUGGAGGGUCACCUGAUGGCCAGUGGGCCUGGCCACCCGGCCACCAUUCCUGCUCGGUGUCCCGGCCUGUGGUGGUCCUGUGUCCUGGGGGGGUGGCCAGCAGUGUGGACGUGCCGUGGACACGUGGCCCUUCCGUGCUCGUUCCGCUAGCCCUUGGCCAUCUCUCACCCCGAGGGACCACCGUGCAGGGCCAGGCUGAGGCCCGGGGCCCCUCCCGGUCCUGGGUCUGAGUGCUGGGUGGGGCCAGGCUAUGGCAGAGGUCACCCCAGUGUGGCCAGUAUUUGUUCCCUCUGCGUCCACACCAUAAUAAAACCCGUUUCAUGGACGCCA